AUGCAUUUAAAAUCUUCAUUUGAAUUAUCGGCUAUGUCAAAAAAAUGUCCUGUGGCACUACGAUCAUUGAUCACGGCCACGGAAAAGCAUACAAAUGCAUUAAAGGCGUUGAAGAUUCCAGUAGAUUCUUGGAAUGAAAUUUUAAUUUAUGUAGUUUCAACUAAAUUAGAUAAAGUCAUGCGUCGUCAUUGGGAUUGUAGUCUCGAUGAUGAUACUAUGCCAACUUUGAAGGAAUUUUUAGAAUUUUUAUCAAAAUUUGCUCGCGAUGAUGCAAUAGUCGAUACAAGCCCACGCGAGAUCUCAAAACCACAAAUUACGUCCUUUAAUCGUCAAGUUCCAAAACGUGUUAAAAAGCGUCAAACAUACGUUUCGACACAAUCGAAAAUUAUAUGUGCACUUUGCAAAAGGGAUCACUACAUUCAAACAUGUGAUCAAUUCUUAAAACUUUCCGUUGAGGAUAGGAUUCAAGCUGUUCUAGCAGCUAAGUUGUGUAUUAACUGUUUACGGCCUGGUCAUGCGUAUAACAAUUGCUUUUUUAGUAAAUGCAAGAAGUGUCAUGGCAAGCAUAACACUUUGUUGCAUCGUGAUCUAGUGUCAAACAAAGAGUCUGUAACAAUAGAUUCGUUCUCGUCAACAGUAGUACCGUCAACAUCAAAAUCGCCAGAAUCUACACCGGUAUCACUAUCCGCACGCGUGCCAUCCGAGGUCUUAUUAUCAACUACACUGAUUUCAAUUCGCGCUUAUCAAGGAAAAUAUCAACAGUGCAGAGUUUUACUUGAUUCUGCUUCACAGAUUAAUCUCAUAACCGUAGAGCUCGCAUCUCGAUUAAAUUUACACAAAACCAAAGUAGAUAUUCCAUUGUCCGGUGUUGAAAAUAUAUCAACCCGAAUAAAAUAUUGCAUAAGGACCAAUAUUCGAUCAAAAAAUUCCAACUAUAGUUCUAAUUUAUCUUUUUAUACUAUUCCACAAAUUUCUUCAUAUUUGCCAUCUCAACGAAUUGAUCAUUCACAUUUUAAAAUACCUCACAACAUUCCACUAGCUUAUCCAAAUUAUCAAAUUCCGGCUAAAAUCGACGUUCUGUUAGGAGCAGAGGUGUUUUACAAGCUAUUAUGCGUAGGUCAAAUUCGUUUGGCAUCUUCCUCAUUAACAUUACAAAAAACUGUACUAGAUGAGCAAUUGUCAAAAUUUUGGGAAAUCGAAGAAUGUUCGGUCAGCAAACACAUGUCAAAAGAAGAACAACUUUGUGAAGCUCAUUUCAAUAAAAAUGUACAACGUGAUGCAUCAGGGCGAUAUAUAGUUAGGCUACCAUUUAAUGACAAAAUAUCCUCUAUGCUCUUAUGCUCUCUUAUGCUCUUAAUAUCCUCUUAUGCUCUAGAAAACCGAUUAGAUAAAGAUGCCACGUUAAGGUCAGAAUACGCGAAAUUUUUAGAUGAAUAUCAAACGUUAGAUCAUAUGACUGAUAUUUCCGAAUCAAAUUGUUUUAAUCAGGGAUAUUAUUUGCCUCACCAUGCGCUGUUAAAACAGUCUAGUGCUACAACAAAAUUAAGAGUCGUCUUUGACGUCUCCGCGAAAACGAGUAACGGUUUAUCACUCAACGAUACGUUAUUAGUAGGACCUACAAUACAAGAUGAUAUUUUUACUUUGAUAGUCCGUUUUCGCUCAUAUAAUUAUGUACUCACCGCAGAUGUUGAAAAAAUGUAUCGACAAGUUCGAGUACAUCAAAAUGAUGCAUUAUAUCAAAAGAUUCUCUGGCGUAAAUCUCGCGAACAACCAAUUAGGGUAUUCAGAUUAGACACCGUAACAUAUAGUAUUGCUUCCGCUCCAUUUCUCGCUAUUCGGUCGUUACAACAAUUAGCUAAAGAUGAAGGUGACCAAUUUCCGUUAGCUUCAGAAGCGCUUUUAAACGAUUUUUAUGUAGACGAUCUUCUUACGGGAACACAAACAUUUGACGAAACAAUUCAACUUCGUGAUCAAUUAAUUAAGCUUACGGGGUUAGGCAAUUUUCAUUUACGUCAGUGGUCUCCAAAUGAUCCUAAAUUAUUAGAGGAUUUGUCAAAUCAAUCUUCCGAGAAAUCGCAUGCGUUAGAUCCAAAUACAGUGGUGAAAACGCUGGGAAUUUAUUGGAAUUCUUGUAAUGAUACAAUUACGUAUAGUGUAAAUACAACCAAUACACAGUCCCGCGUUACUAAAAGAUUCAUUUUAUCUAAAAUAGCUCAAUUAUUCGAUCCUUUAGGUUUAUUGGGUCCUGUAAUUUCAAUGGCCAAAAUCAUUAUGCAGGAUCUUUGGAAGGCUCGUAUAACGUGGGAUGAGUCGGUGCCGCAGACUAUUUUUCUUAAAUGGAAUGAAUUCCAAGGUCAAUUGCCUCUGCUAACACAAUUCAUAGUACCGCGAAAUAUAAAUUCUUUUAACGCUCAAGAUAUUCAACUCCACGGGUUUUGUGAUGCAAGUGAAAGAGCAUAUGGCGCUUGUAUUUAUGUUCGCUCUUGUAAUCUGUAUGGAGAAAUUCAAAUUCGUUUAGUAGUUUCAAAAUCGCGGGUCGCACCUGUAAAAUCUGUAUCAAUUCCGCGGUUAGAGUUGUGUGCAGCGGUGUUAUUAUCAAAAUUGUACCACAAAGUUAAAGAGUCAAUACGGCUCAAUUUUACAAAAAUUAGAUUAUGGACUGAUUCAACAAUCGCGUUAUGUUGGAUAAAUACGUCACCUCAUUUGCUCAAAACUUUUGUUGCCAAUCGUGUAUCUAUUAUUCAGUCUUAUUCGCAAGCUCAAGAGUGGUUUCAUGUAAAUUCUUUAGAGAACCCUGCCGAUGCCAUAUCACGAGGUCAAUUGCCUUCAGAAUUUUUGCAAAAUCAAUUAUGGUUAAACGGGCCGGCUGCACAUUUAGAACUUGUUAGUGAUUUAACAUCAGAAGCAUUCAUAACAAGCUUGAAGCGAUUUUUUGCACGUCGAGGUAAAUCUCGACAUAUUUACUGUGAUAAUGCAACCAAUUUCGCCGGUGCAAAAAACGAAUUGUACGAAAUUCAAAAAUUUUUAAGUUCGACGAGUGAGAACGAAAAAAUCAUGAGCCACUUAGAGUCUGAGGGCAUUUCUUGGCAUUUUUCUCCUCCACGAUCACCACAUUUUGGCGGUCAAACAGCAUUUUUGGACUCGCUGGCACAAGGAAUACAUCAACCAAUUAAAUACACGCAGCAAAUGGAGGAUACAAGGGGACAACCAAAGGUUGGAGAUCUAGUGAUCAUCAAGGAACACAAUGCGCCAUCAAUGAAAUGGCCACUGGGACGAAUUUUACAUGUGCAUCCAGGUGACGAUGGCAUUGUUAGGGUUGUCACCGUGAAGACUGGAAGUGGUACUUAUAAACGAAGCACCACACGUUUGUGUCCUUUGCCUGUGAUGAACUAA